UCGAUAUCAGCAUGGCGGUAAAGGAGCGGCUCCAUUCAGCGUGAUUGAGAAUCAAGAUUAUUAUGGCUCAGAUUUUGCAUUACAUAACGGGAAAGUGCAUUUCCAUCGAAGUGCAUUUUUCGCGACGCUUAGUAGCGUCCUGAACGACUGUAAGAAUAGAACGAGAAACACGACGUUGAACUUGCCGUUGUGACUGGGGAAAAAAAAAAGGAAACGAGAAGGAAAGGGUUUGACGUUACAAUCGACAAUCGCAUCCGAAGUUCUCAGCCCCGGCACGUUGAAACGCGUAAACAAUCACCAUGGCAAAGUACGAGGAUAUUGCGUAACGCUAGCUUUAUCUAAUUAUAGCAGCGUAGAAAGUGCAUCUUUAAUUCAAUGAUAAUGCUUUGUUUACUAUACUAUGCUCUGUAAACUCUGUUACUGUUACGCUUGAUACAUCGACUCAUCUUUUGGCGGCAUGUCCCUUUUCAAAUCUUUAGUUUUUGUCAAAGAGAAUGCUGACUUUAAGUUGGUAGAGAUGAUGAUAGUAUUUGUUUAUGACACUGCAAGGUGUUGUAAAGAAGAUGAUGAUCCUGCAGAGGCAGUUAUGUAUUUUCAUCCUGCAUGGGUAUCUCUUACCCAAAGAUUAGCUCUGGCAGGACAAUUAAUGGCUGUUAAUCAGUUUCUUUCAACAUCAUUUUCCAGUCCAAAAUCAAUCACAUUGCAAGGAGGAAAGUUUGUGCUAAAGAAAUUUGGACAGUACAUACUUGCAGUUGGAACUGAUAGGAAUAUUCAUGAUUGGAUUCUAGAAAGGCGUGCAAUCACAUUAGAGUCAUUGUUGAAAUUUUUUCAUUAUGAUUUAAAUAAAAUAUUGGAAUCAUUUAACAAUGACAGAAAUAAGUUUACAGAGAAACUUUAUCAAAUGUUUGAAACAUAUUUGCCAAUACUUCAAUAUAGUGCCAAUCUUUUCUCUAAUAUUCCUAUCAUUAAACUUCCAAAGAGCGCUAGUAACAUAUUUUUAGAAGCGAUUCAACUUUUACAAUAUUGUCAAGAAACUAAUGGUGUCAUGGGUGGUGCACUUUUCUAUAAUAAUAAGGUAGUUGCAACUCAAUUAAGUGCUGAAUUGACCAAACAAAUUGUUAUAACUGAUCCAUAUAGAAUAAAGGCUCCUGCAGAAAAAAUAUCGACAGAAUUUCAUCUACCUGUUGGAGUACAGUUAUUGCGAGUGUAUAUAGAGCAAAAACAGUUUGCAAAACUUGCACAAGAAGCAAAUAACGAGCGGUAUUAUAGUUCUUAUUUAGAUUCUGUAACAAAGAAAAUAUUUCAAAGAAAGAACAUGUCCAAGAAUAGUAAAGAACUUCCUUUGUCCGGAAUAAAACGUGAUACUUCUCGCAUUUUUACUGUACCUGAAGAAGGAGAAUUAGAUUCAUCACAGUACAACGAUAAUAGUCACUACGUAUCCUCCGUUCCACUUACAGCUUAUAGUUCUCCAGUGAAACGUAAACAGGAAAGUAAAACAGACCGUCCUAAGUGUGCAAAUCCUUUGACUCCUAGCGUAUGCUCCACGCCCUUAAAAGAUGUUAAUAGAGUAUUACAUGGUAAUGCUAUGUUAAUAUGUAACACGAACGAAGACACAAAUAAUGAAGCAGAAGAGGAGAAAAAAGAAAUAAAGACAACCGUGGAUGAUAUCCCGGAUGUCGUUAAAGAAGCACUUAGAUGUAAACGUUUAAAUAAAUUAAGAAACGUCACUCCGAAAGAAAAAUUAGUUAAACGAAGAGAAUUUAAUAAGAGAAGCUUAAGCAUGCAUGAUUUAGAAUCGUCUAAUUUGUGCUCCAAUCGAAUAUCAGUAAGAACAUAUGGAUUAGGAUUGCCACAGUUAAAACAAAGUAUGUCUCCUGAAGCUUCUCCUCAAAAGAAGUCUUCGAAUAAAAGGCAGUUUCAUACAAUUACUGAUCCAUGUUAUCCUGUAUUUCGAUGCGAUGGAUUACCAGUAUCUCAGUCUUUAUACGAUCAGUAUAUAUCAUCGCAUUACGAAGAACUUAAGGACGAUCGAAAUAAUACAAUUAAUCGCAACGACUUUUUAACAAAUUUGUCUAACGAUUGCAAUAUGAAAAAUGUAACGAACGACUGUGAUACAGCGAUCAGUGAUAAUUUAGAAAACUCAAGUAAUUCUCGUGACAUAAAAGUAGAUAGUAAAGUGAAACAAGAAACUUAUCGUAGAUCGAUGAGUCUUCCAUUGAAACCGCUUAAUAUCACUGAUAAUGAUGACAGACGAAAAUCAGCAUCGGAGUGCGGCAACGUGUAUGAUUUUCUUCAAAAGAAGAAAUUGGAUGGUCUACAGUUAACGCCUCUUAUGUCUAAACUUAGUUUACUUGCUGACGAGAGAACUAGCGGUUUUUGUAGUAGGGAAACAACUCCCAGUGAAUUUCGCGAUUUAUCUGGCUUUUCGACAUCAACGAAUCAAAUAAUCAAGCAAAAAUUGGAAGCAGUUAAUAAAGAAACUGGUAGCGAUGGUGAGGAUGAAUUGGAAGAAGAUUGGGUAACUACUUCCAAGGAUGAAGCCUCUUUUGAGAAAACGGAAUUAUUUCUCUGUGGGCAUCACAAUAUGGUGCUGGUAUUACUAAUGGAAAAUGGAACUGCCAAUAAUCCUGAUCUUAUACACUUUCUCUGGCAGACUUGCAUGAAUACAUUAGGAAAACUUGAAGCAAGAUUACAACAGUGUUUAGAGCCUUUGCCAUCAAAUGAAAAUAAGGAAUUAUAUAGUAUAUUAAGUAUCGAUCCUCAAUGGGAUACACUAAAUCGUUCUGGACUUUGGGGUGUUACUGAAUUGGACAUUGUUUCUUGCCUUCAUGAUAGAUUCACACAUGCCAGUAAUCUCACAGAUAUUAUUGUCAGAACGGAGGAUACCGUUGUUUAUGGUAACCAGUGUGGAAACGUAGAGGUAUUUUAUCAACAAGCAGUGGCUCCAAAUACCUCUGGAGGACUUCCAACUCCUGCAGAUUUAAUGGGGAUUGUGUCUCUAAAAGCAAAACGUAGACUGGAAAGAGACCAUGGAAUUGUAUUGCUAUAAAUAAUAAUUAUCUACAAAUGCUUCCAUCACAAUUUCGUUCGGGAUUGAAUUAUUUUACUUAAUAUUUUGUUCUUUUUUUUAUAUAUUUCAUGGCAUGCCAAAUUAACAAUAAUGUACAACAUUUUGUAUAUAUGUUAUCUGUGUAUAGUAGUAGAUACAUUUUUCUGAUGUUUUUAAUAAUAUUAAAUAGAAACAUUCUCUUUACCUUGUUACGUGAUAAUAGGUACAAGGGCAUUAAAAAUGAGAACGAAAUCCUUCAUUUAGUAGUUAGCAUGUAACAGUAGUUAAAUUCUUAUUGCUAUAGCAACGAUUUAUAAAUAAUCGUAUACAUAUAAAUAUCACGUAUACAUCUUAACGUAUAUGUACAUUUUUAGUAUUAUAUUUAUUUAAAACGUCCACAUCAGUAAGAAACAAUAAGUUCAAAUUUUCAUAUCUCUUUCCAAAAUUAAUAGGAUGAUUAAACAUUCCAUUAAUUUAAUCGACUAAGAAAAUCGACUUUUACAAUUAAAAAAAAAGUACUACAUAUUGAUAAAAAAAAUAUUACCAAAUUUUCUACACGUAUUUUUGUAAUAAAGAUCGCGCUAU